UACAAGUCAGUGGUCUGAGUCUCCCAGCUGGAAGUAGUGUCGUGUGACGUUUGUGAAAGUUGGUGCUUUUAAAAACUAUGCAUUCCUUGUGUUAGCUUCCUCGUUUAGUGCUAUUUUUAUACUUUUAUAUACAUUGAUAUUUCUCGAAGGAGAUAAAUUCCUGGUGGGAACAAGAAUAAGACGGAAGGAAGCAGUUUAAAGAUGAAAUAAUGGUGCCAUAGCUGCCAUAUCCGAGAGAUUUUUGGACCAUUUCCCACGGACCGAGACAUUUCACCAUGGAAUACGUUAAGAACGACUUAGUGUGGUUUGACCCGGGACUGGGUUACGUCCUGCCCGGGGAGGUCAUCGAAUACCACAGGGCAGGUCAGGUCAUCACAGUUCAGGCUGUGAUCGGUGGAAAGUCGCAGGUGUUCACGCUGACCAACCUCUCUUCCGUGAGAAGAAGACAAGACUUGGGGCCCAAUGGUGUCGAGGACAUGAUCAGUUUAUCAGACCUUAACGAAGCGUCAUUACUAUGGAAUCUCAAAAUACGAUACGACAAAGAAUGCAUAUAUACUUACACGGGAAGUAUACUGGUGGCGGUCAACCCAUAUCGAAUGUUCGAUAUUUAUGGGCUCGACAUGGUGAAAAAAUAUGAGGGACAAAUAUUAGGAACUUUACCCCCGCACAUUUUUGCCAUCGGCUCCUCUGCCUAUUCUCGGAUGAGCAAAGAUGGCGUCAACCAGUGCGUUGUCAUCUCGGGAGAAUCUGGCGCAGGCAAGACGGAAUCCACGAAGUUGAUCAUGCAGUACUUAGCGGCCGUCAACAAAUCUCAAAGCAACCUGAUCACGGAGCAGAUCCUGGAGGCUUCGCCUUUGCUGGAAUCCUUUGGAAAUGCCAAAACAGUGAAGAACGAUAACUCGUCCAGGUUUGGGAAGUACCUGGAAGUCUAUUUCAAAGACGGGGUCAUAACAGGCGCCAAGAUCACCGAGUACCUUCUGGAGAAAUCUCGCAUAGUGACGCAGGCUCCCGAAGAGAGGAAUUACCACGUCUUCUACGAGCUCUUAGCCGGUCUACCGGAGGAGAAGAAAUCCAAGUACGGCCUCACCACCGCCGAUAAAUAUUUCUACCUCAAUCAGGGAGGCAACAGCCAACUGGAGCGCAAAUAUGACGGCGAAGACUUCCAGGCCCUGCUCUCCGCCAUGCAGGUGGUCGGCUUCUCCACCGAGGAACAAGACACCAUCUUCAGAAUCCUUGCGGCGGUCCUCCAUCUUGGCAACGUGUAUUUCCACCGUAAGCAGCUGAGACAUGGCCAAGAAGGCGUUGAGAUAGGCAGCGAGGCAGAGAUCAAGUGGGCGUCACAUCUGCUCCAAAUUGAUACUGACGGAAUCAAAAGAGCGCUCACCACCAAGAUCACUGAGGUCUACCCAGUGUCAAUUGGGAAGGAAGCGAGGAACGAACGAGUGUUCACACCUUUAAACAUUGAUCAAGCCCUUGAUGCCCGAGAUGCCAUUGCCAAGGCCUUGUAUUCUUCCCUUUUCUCGUGGCUUGUCCGCAGGAUCAACCAGAUCAUCCACAAGGGAUCAAAGAAAACUCACAUCUCCAUCCUCGAUAUUUUUGGAUUUGAAGCCUUCAAGGAAAAUAGCUUUGAGCAAUUGUGCAUCAAUUAUGCAAAUGAAAAACUACAGUUCUACUUCAACAAGCAUAUUUUCAAGCUUGAGCAGCAAGAAUAUGCCAAAGAGAAAAUUGACUGGCAGAAUAUUGACUAUCAGGAUAACCUACCUGUGAUAGAACUGAUAGCAAGAAAACCUGUUGGCAUUUUGCAUCUCCUUGAUGAUGAAAGUAACUUUCCAAAAGCAACAGAUCAUUCCUUCUUGGAAAAGUGCCACUACAAUCAUGCUCUCAACGAACUCUACUCAAGGCCAAGAAUGUCCUCCAUGGAGUUUGGCAUUAAGCAUUAUGCUGGUCAGGUCUGGUAUAGUGUUGAAGGUUUCCUAGACAAGAAUCGUGACACCUUAAGGAAUGAUGUUGUUGAAUUGCUCAUAUCUUCAAAAUUAUCAAUGGUAUCAGCUAUGUUCCUUGAUGUUCGAUUAGGGUCAGAAAACAAGACUCUUACAAAAGCCAAUGGUCGCUUUGUCACAAUGAAACCAAGGACACCAACCGUAGCUGCCCGCUUCAAUGACUCGUUAACACACUUGAUUGAAGGAAUGAGCAAAUGUAAUCCAUGGUUUGUCCGCUGCAUCAAGCCAAACAAUGAGAAGGCCCCAUUGAAGCUGGAUAUGCCAUGUGUGUUAGAACAAUUAAGGUAUUCAGGAAUGUUAGAAACCAUCAAGAUCCGUCAGCAAGGCUUCCCAGUCAGAAUGCGUUUCCUUCGAUUUGCUGAGCGAUACAGAUGCCUUGUUCCUGGUCAAGUACCAAGGGGUGCCCCUUCAAAAGAAAUCUGCAGGGUUGUCCUGGACAGAGUAUGUCGAGGAUCCCGUGGUGCCUAUCAGCUUGGGACAACCAAAAUAUUCCUUCGAGAAGCACUGGAGCAGACAUUAGAGGAAGAGCGAUAUAAGAUGCUCUCACAUUCUGUGGUUACUUUGCAAAGACAUGUCAGAGGAUAUCUUGCUCGGAGAAGAUUUCGUACUCAGCGUUCUAGUGCAAUUGCCGUACAAGCUAUGGUACGUAUGUGGAUUGCAAGACGGCGUUACCGUGCAUUACGGCAUGCUGUCAUUAGAACUCAGGCUAUUGUACGAGGACAGAGAACACGGAGGAAAGUUGUUAGGCUCAAGGAAGAAAUGGCAAGGAGAAAGAAAGCAGAGGCUCUUGCCAAGCAGAGAGCUGAAAGGGAAGCUCAGCAAACCAAAGCUGAAAAUGAGAGAGUUCAAAGAUCAGUGGCUGGUGUCAACCAUCUGGAGAUUCCAGCAGAGCUUGCUUUCAUCUUAUCAAAAAUUGAUGAUUGGGAGAAACCACAUGGGGAGAGAAAUAUUGUCCGACCAUCUGCACCAGUCCGUCCAGCUGCCAUCCAUUAUAAUCUACCACAUGACAUAGAUUACUACCCAUAUUCUAAGUUCACAAAUGUAUAUUUCAAGUCUCAUCUUUGGGGUAUGAAACGAGAACCAAUUAAGACUCCUUUCCUGUCGAAGUCUCGUGAUGCUGAUUAUAGUGAUUCCCUAGCAAUCUUCAAGUUGAUUCUCAGAUUCAUGAAUGAUCACACACUUGCUGGAUCUAGGGAGACUGUUUUAGGGAACUACAUUGCUAAUAAGGGCUUAAUAAAUAAACGGUUACAAGAUGAAAUUAUAUGUCAGUUAAGCAAUCAAACAUGGAAGAAUGACAAUAAUGCAAAUGCUGAACGUGGAUGGCUGCUACUUGCUAAUUGCUUAUCCGUCUUUCCACCUUCUUCAACACUAUAUAAGUAUAUUUUAAAACAUGUUUCUGACCAUGGACUCAAUGGCUAUGCUAAUUUGUGCCAAAGAAAAUUGCUUUCUUCACACAAGCAUUCAUCAGGUGUUGCUAGAUCGUACCCUCCAACUGAUUUGGAGUGGAGAGCUAAUCGUAAGAAGUCUCGCAUGGCUCUGGAAGCAAGAUUUCCCGAUGGAAACCAUGGGAUAGCUGAAGUUGAUUCAUGGACAACUGGAGAGGAAUUUGCAUCAAGAUUGUUAGAAGAAAGAGGAAUUAAUGAGACUUCAGGCUGGACAGUAGCUUUAAUAGAAGAUGAUACAAUGACAGAAAUGCCAGGGAUGGAGUACGUGCUUGAUCUCAUUGGUGAAAGAGAACUGCCUCCAGGUUUCCCUAGGGGGACUUCAAGCUUUUUACACUCAGGUACUCGUACAGAAAGAAGGUCAUCUGCACCAGUGCCUCUUCCUGGUAUGGAUGUCACAGAUGGUACUGGUUUUGAUGAAUCUCCAGUUGUGGCUCGAAGGACCCGCUCCCCCCCACCUCUCACAAGGAAGCUCUCCCGAGAGGCACUGGAAGCCCAUGAUCAAGUGAUGGGUACUGUUGAGAAGAAUGGAGAAAAUGGUAUGGGUUUGUCUCGAACAUCAGCUCUCAAUAAUCGUUACUUUGAUGACAAAAACAAGAGUAGAUCACUUGAUAAUCUGCUUGAUGGGCCCGCUGACAUACAGUUACUUGGACUUUCGGGAAGCAGGUUAAAUGAUCGAUACCAUAGUGUUGAAAGGUUAACAGAGCAAAGAGCUCUGUUUACAGGAAGAGGUGCGCAGGACCUUGAUAAUCUUGAGUCAGUUUCUCAACAUGGUGCUGCAAAAUCCCUUUCUGGUUCCCGUACUUGGAAUAAAUAUGAUCUUAUGGAGGAGAGAAAUGGUGACGAUGAAACAAAGACAGAAUACUCACGCAUAUCAAAUCGCUAUAUUAAAAGCAGCCAUGCAGGUAGAAGAGGAUACCCAGGAUCACACCAUUCCAGUAGAGCUCAUAUUGAGCGAGAGUAUCUCAAGUCAUCUGCCAUGUCUGAUACAAGCGAGGCACCUUCACUAGCAUCCCAUGUACGUCGGGUACGUGUACCAUCUCAGGCAUCUGAUGUAGAUCAGUUUGUGGAUGAUCUAUUCAUGCCAGUCUUGAAUGCCCAACUGGAUGAACUGUCUGAUGCUCGUUCACUUGCAGCAUCAAUUAAAGGGGGAAGUAAAAAGUCUAGUCAAGGAGAUGACCUUGAUCUGGAUGACACAGUUCUCUUUGCAAGAACACGUCAAGGAUCAUUCCGACGCCAGAGUCUACUCAAUGUUUUGCAAGAAGUUGAUUUGAAUGAGUCCCUUGUGGCUCUAACUACGGAGUCCAUGCUACUCGAUGCGCUAAAAGGUGGUGGUCAAGGUGCUGCUGAAGUUGAAACAGCUGCACAUCCAACAACCACAUCAGCUGGAUUCUUCCCAAAUACCUCCGCUUCUGGUACUCCAAGUUCUCCUCCCCCAUUCUUGCCCACAAAUACAGUGCCUCUUUACUCCUCAGGUGGGUUGAAUAUGCCUGGAAUGCAAGGGCCACAGCAAGGAAAUGUUGACCCUAAUCAAAUAAUAAUGUACCAGCAGAAUUUGCAACGUGCUUUUAUACAGUCUGCAGUUGCACAAAACCUUCAAAUACAGCAGCAUUUGAUGGCUCAAAAUCAAGCCUUGCAACAGCUUCUUAGUCAGUCUGUUCCAAGACUAGGUUUGGCAUCGCAAGACUAUGGUCCUCAGAGUGCCCUUGGCUUAAACAUGUUUGGCAUGAUGCCUGGCAUGACAGGUAUACCAAUGACCCCAGGUAUGACAUUACCUACUGGGAUUCCUAUGACUGCAGCUAUGUCCAUGGUAUCAGGUAUUCCAGUGACCUCUGCUGUGCCAGUGAGUCCUGGAGUACCAUUGUCAACUAUGUCCCACAUGGGCAUGGGUAGUUUGGGGGGCAUGGGGGGACCCGCUGUUGGAGGACCUAUAGGUGCUGGACACUACCAAGUGGGAGGAGAUACAUACUCCGUCCCACAGAGACGUUCUGCCAACACCAACAGCAACAACAAGGUAUCAUUCCAAGAGCCUGAACAUAGUGAGUUGUGGAGUACAGAAAAAAAUGAAUCUGGAGCUGAUGGAGCCACUGCAGGUAUGGGAGCAUCUAGAGGAGGCUUCCAUGGUCCAAUGUCACCACCUCCCCCUCUAGCAAUGUUAGAUACAAGUGCUUCAGGACCUGUUUUUUCGCAGGCUGCUGCUCUUUCCUCACCUGUUCCUGAACAGUUGAAAAAACUGUCUAGUUCUUCGGAAGAUGCUAAGCAGAUGAUACAUGAAUACCAUCAUGGACUUGGCACACAUGGAUCGCCUCCACCACAUGUAUAUGGGCAAAUGGAAUCUCCAUGGGGAGGCUACGUUCCACCCCCUCCACCUAUGCCCACUCAUCUUCAAGGGGGAGAGGAUAUGCAAGGUGGCUUCAUGGAUCCUUACCAGCGAGCUAAGACAGUUCGUAUUGGGAAGUGGAGAUGGCCGCCACCAAAGGGUGAAGAAGAUCCCAAUGACUCCUUCCUUCAGUUCAAAAUUCGUAAACAGAGCAGGAAGACAUCAAAGCAAGAUGGAAAGGACUCUCAGCGCCCUAGUAAAGAUGAGAGUUUUGGAGUGGAGUGGGAGGAAUUUGAUAUGGGAGGUACAAGUAGUGCUGAACCAUCACCAAGAAAAGAAUCUCAGUCUCAUUCUGCAGUCAAGCACCGGGAGUCCGGGAGUAAUUAUGGUCAACAAGCAUCCCAACAGUCAUCUCCUCCCAAGGAGAAGGCAGAGGUCAAAGAAAAGGGACCUUCUAGACGUCGUAGAGACUCUUGGGAUAAUCCUGUUGAUGAAGGGGGUAGGCGAUCUCCAGGCAUUGGAAAACUCAAGAUUUCUCGUGAAAUGAGAGAGAAAUUAGAAGCUUUAACAUCAUCUCAUCCAUCAAGAUCACAAAAAAGACCUCCCCAAGGUCAACAGAAGGAGCAGCGUGGUGGAGUGAAGAAGCUUGAAGCAUGCCGACGUAGUCUUUUACAACAUCAGUUAGCCGGAGAUAAAUGGGAUACAGUAGAUUCUAUUAAACAGUCUUCAUCAAAAACUGAAAAGGGAAUCGUUCCACCUCCUCCACCCAUUGCUCCUCCAAACUUAUAUAUGAAUCAUCGCCCAUCAUCACCAGUUGGGUCCCUUUCUUCUCAAGAAAGUUCGCCUGUGAUACCCCAGCCCAGAUCCCCACCUCCUCCAAUUCAACCCUCAGGAUUCCGUAAUGGAGGAGACUACCGCGGUGAUAAUGGAGAACGCCGUACAUCUAUAUCAACAUUACAUACAGAAAAGACAGAACAUUUUGAGCUUGAAGAAUCCUCUGAGUUUCUUCAGCCUGUUGACAGUGUGCCAAUUUUAGUUGACAAAGAACUGGAAAAAAGAUCAUAUGCAGAUGUCAAGACAAGACUCCUUCCAGCUGUGCAUGGGAGUCAUGUUACAUAUUCUCAUGUUCCUUGGAAUUUGGCGUUAAGGAAAGAAGUAUUUACACCCGGAGAAACCUUAACUGGUGAUGCUUUGCAUCUUGUAUUCUGUCAAGUGGUUUUGGAUGUGUAUACUGGAACUACUCCAAGGUUAACACAUGAGCAGCGAACACAAAUGAGAAAGAUGUUAGAUAGCAGAGGCAUCACUCCAAAUAACAGUUUUUCGCCACAUCACAAUAAUGGAGUCAAAAAAGAAAUUGUAGAGCUAGCUAAAUCGUGGCCUCUCUACUUUGCUGCCAUAUUCCCUGAAACGGGUUCCAGAAAAAGUGGUGAAGUUGAAUUGAUUGCUGUGUCACAUUCAGGUGUCAGACUUGUAAAACGGGAACAUAGCCACCUGACAGUCAUCAACACUUACAGUUUUGAAGAAAUAGAAGAAGUAGACAGUCCAAGGGAAGGAACAUUACGACUUGUAUUGGCUGUUGGUGGCAGAAUCACACUCUACACACCCAGAUCAAGACAAAUAGCAACAAUGGUAUCCAAAUAUAUGUCUUCAGUACAAUCUGGAAGCCGUGAGUAUGUCCGUGCAGUGGCGGAUUAUGUAACGAGGGAAUCGACAUUACUGAGCUUUAAGAAAGGUGAUAUCAUAAGGGUUACAUCCCUGGAUCGAUUUGGAGACAGUGGUUGGCUCCAAGGCUCCUUGAAUGGUCGAACAGGAAUGUUCCCUGUUGAGUACAUCACACCAAUUAGCCGUUCAGAAGCAAGAUAUGCUGCCAAAGUAAAGCAAAGCAAAACAGAGCAGCACAUUGAGACAGGAAUGGUAGAGACAGAAUCAUCUAUCCACACACUUAACACCAUUAACACCACACAGCAACCAGUUGCUCAUGUUGCUCUGUCUCAUUCUCAUCAUGAUGAUUCUGGUCAUUCUUCUGGCGGUGAAGGAGUUACGGCUAUUGGAGGAAUGAAUGGAGGUAUUAAUGGUAUGGUGCCUGGAGUCAAUGGAAUAGCCAAUGGAGUUAAUGGUAUGGUUAAUGGAGUGGUAAAUGGACAUGGCACAAUUGUACAUGAUGGAAAGCACUCUCUUCUCCAGUUUGCCCUUCAGCAUUUCAGACUGUCAAAAGAACAGGGAAUUAUCCAGUCCGAUGGGACUUUGCAAACCAGCACAAAGUCUAAAAAGAAGAAAGGCAAUAAAGAUCAGCAAGCUGAAUGGACAUGGAAGGAACAGGUUGAAAUGGUAAAAUUCAGUCAAUCUCCGCUGCAAGCAUCACUUUUGCCACUAGAACCUGAACUAAGUCAGCUAGCUGUUGAAAGUUUUGUAGCUGUUAUGCGUUACAUGGGUGACUACCCCAUGGCACCUCAGAACACAGAAGUACACUGCGUGUAUACAAUACUCAUGAAUUGCCAUAAACAUCUGGCUCUUCGCGAUGAAGUUUAUUGCCAAAUAAUGAAGCAAACAACAAAUAACAAGUCUUCCAUACCAGACUCAUGUCAGCGAGGAUGGCGCCUGUUUUGUAUUGUUGCUGCUUACUUUACUUGCUCAGAUAACCUUAAACCUUAUCUUUUUAAAUAUCUUGAAACUGCUGCCUAUGACAAGAGAAGAGCUUAUCAUGGUACAGCAAUGGUGUGCUUGCAAAACCUUCGCAAAACUUUCAAAUAUGGUGGAAGGAAAAAUGUUCCCAGCAUUGAAGAAAUCACAGCAAUAACAGCUGGAAGGAACUCAAAACGCCAGAUUUACCGCCUUCCUGGUGGAACAGAACGAGUUAUCAACACAAAAAGCACCUCUGUUGUCCAGGACAUCAUAGAGGAAAUGUGCCAGCUUAUUAGCGUGAGAUCGCCACAUGAACAAGAGGAAUACAGUCUUUAUUGCAUUGUUGAAGGUGAUACAUUUACAAUGCCAUUAGCAAGGGAGGAGUAUAUAUUAGAUGUUACAACAGAAUUACAUAAGAAUCAGCAGGUGUUUUAUUUGAUAUUUUGCCGAAGUGUAUGGUAUUACCCCUUGCGUUCAGAUAAUGCCCUAUAUUAUGAAGUGGUUUUCAAUCAGAUUGCACCAGAUUAUCUUGAAGGUUUGCUGUUGGUGACACCAGGGGAACAGCUGCAACAAGAGAUCAUUUAUGAUAUUGCAAAAGUAGCAGCUCUUCUUCACCGUGCAGCAGAUUUGGAUAACAUGCCAACUAUGAAAGAAGUGAAAUAUCUUCUUCCAAAACCUGCUUUAACUGUACGUGAUGUAAAGCCUCCACAGUGGGUAAACAUGGUCCAGCAAGCUUGGGUUGAAGUUGCCCCCUUAACAAGUCUUCAGGCAAAGGCUCAGGUUUUAGAUAUUCUUCAAUCGUGGCCUCUGUUUGGAUCGUCUUUCUUUGCUGUGAAGAGAGUAACAGAACCUAAUGAAAGUGUUGAUCACAUCCUUGCUCUGAAUAAGAAUGGUGUUCACUUCCUCCAUCUAUUGACUCAUGAGACACUGAUCAAAUAUAGUUUACCAGAAAUAUUAAGUACAAGAAAGGUGAAAAAUGGAGACAAUUUAUUCCUUGACAUGAAGUGUGGUAACCUCAUGCAGCAGAGGAUUACUCAGAUACAAACUGAUCAGGCUCAUGAGAUUUCACGACUAAUUCGUCAGUAUAUCACGAUAGAGCAAAGAACUAAUGGAGCGCAGUCAAGAGGAGAUAAUCCGAAGGAUGUUACGCUUUCCAGGUAGAAACAAAUAUAGAAGGUUGUUAUGUACAUAUUUCACUUCCCUCUCAAAUAAAUAUACUAUUAGCCCUCUUGCAAAGCUUUGAGGUGCUUCCAUGCAUUUUGCAGGGUUCAUCUGUGAAUCUGCAAUGUAGAUAUCCGUAUGAUUGUGAUUUUCAUUAUUUUUUUCUUAUAAUGUGACAUAGAUUCUUAUCUUACAUGAUGGUUGUAAAGAGUGGGCCUGUGGCAGACUGUUGUUGAAUACAACUUACUAAGCAAUAAAAAGAUUCUGACUAAAAAGUAUAGGUAUAUUUGUCAAUUACAAGUGAAUAGGAAAAGCUAAAUUAACUAUCAUAGUGAAUUGUAUGAAAAUUGCUGUCAGUAAACUCCAUGUUCAUCUGCUUAUUUUAAGGUUUUCACAUAAACUGGAUUUCUAGACUCGUUGAUUCAUAAUGAAAAGUUGAAUUUUACCAACUUGACUAUGAUAGGGAAAUAAAUAAAAAUAAUGUUAGCAGUUUCAAAUCAUUUAGUUCUGGACUUUAUUAGUUAUUUAUAGACUAACAAGCCUUCUGAAGACAUGAGUUUUUAUCACAGAAGAGAGAGGUGCAUAAAAAAUUACACAAAAAUAGGUACUGAACCAUAAUAGGACAAUAAAAAUGAAAAGGUAUCUAUGUACAAGGGAUAAUCAGUGUUGUAGUCAUUACAAAGAAAUAUAUUUUGAAAGCUCAAGCAAUGAACAGUUCCCUUUCAGAUUAGCACAUUUUUGCUGAUGAAAAAUUGAGAUUGUGGAGAGUUAAGCAAAGUCCCUGAAGAGGAGUAGAAGGAUUUAGGUCUUACUCUUGUUCAGCUCCUCUCUAAAGUUGCUGAUGUUUUAUCAGUUCACUUGGAAAGGUCUAGAAGCAGCUGUAGCCAGUAAAAAAAUUCAUAGCCUACAACACAGAACUGGGUAUUCACACUUUACUGUUAAUUGAUAAUUAAACAGUUGUAGGUGGCUAUGUACUUAGUAUAUAGUAAGAUAUGCUGCAGUUUGCGAUGUGUUGAUAUUUUGUGCAGAGGAUGAAUAAUUUUAGCACAGCUCAAAUUACUAUGAAAUUGUUAUAGUAAGUCAUAGAUAUACUGAUUCAGAAGCAAGAUGAUGAUAAAUGCAAGGAAAAACUGAAGUCAUAUGUUGUUUUUUUGAAUAGUAGAAAGUAAGUUUCUGUAAAACAAAAUUAAACUUUAUAUUGGCUUUUAAUGAUGCUGACAGUACCAUAGUAUUUGUAAAUAUUUUUGAAGAGAGAUAUCUGCAAAGAAAGGUAAACUAAUCAUCCAUCUGCAAUUGCAACAAUUUUUGUUGUUGAAACCCAAUUAUCCAUCUGCAAUUAAGUAUUUAUUUUGUAGAGACAUGACUAUCACUUAAGGGUCUAAUUCUAUGUACGGUAAUAUUAAAAAGUAACCAUUACAGUCAUUGAUGCCAUAUUAAACUGGUUUAUAAUAAUUUUAGGUAGUUAUUUAUUGUGACAAGAUGUUGGACAUUAUAAAAGUUGUGUAACUGUGGAUAUGUAAACUUGCUUGUAUAAAGUGUUAUAUAUUAUUAUAGGCUAAAAUACUAUGGUUUUCAUAACUGUGGGUGCACAAGAAGAUAGGAGUACCCAAAAAACAUAUCCACAAUUUAAGUGAAUAAUAACUUUAUAGCAUUUUAAUGUGUAAUAUAUACAUAACUGUUAAUAUCAGAAAUUUCAUAGCCAGUAACUUCAUUGUUUACAAAGCUGCCUGUUAUGUAGAAUAUUGCUAACAUCAUAAACUCAGCUAUCAUACCUUAUAGCUGUUAAUUAUUAAGGUAGCUCAUACACUGAAGACAAUGAAGUCACAGGUAAAAAAGGUUAUAGAACCUUUUUUUCUUUAGAUUUUUAAGCAUUCAUUGUUUGUAGCUAAGGAAAUUGUUUGUAGCCAAGAGAAUAAAAGUUGUAUUGAUUCGAGGCUCAAGAUUGUUGAAUUAGUUUUCAUUACUGAGGAAUUUACCAAACACCAAGUUUUUUUUUUCUUCAAGUUAUGGCAUAUGAUUUUUAUUUGUACUAUGGAUAUUUUUUGUUUACUUGUAAUAUAUUUUUCUAUCAAAAUCAGAACAUGUAGAAAAAAUUCAGUAUAUUAUAAUUUAUUAUACUUUACCAGUGGCUCACGUUUACCUUCGAAUCAUAUGCAAUAUUUGUGAACUUAGCAAAAGCAAUUCUCUUUAAAAUAUUUGCUUUCUGUCAUGUAUAGCAGACUCAGUCACUGCUCAAUUUUUAUGUGAUUGAUAAGAGUAAGACAAAAAUAUUACAGUAUAUUUAUGAAUAAUUUUUUUACAAUUUUGAUACUCCAAGUCUAUACUUUGUUGUUUUCAUUUGUAAAGCCAGAGUGUUAAUCUUUUAAUAAAUAGUUGUAAGAAAGGAA